CUUAACAGAACUGUCAGCGUGUAAUGGUAAAGUGCUAACAGUUUCUGUUUUAAGUGAUAAGAACUCUGGAUAUUCAUGGAGAACAUGGGUAGUAUGCUCUGGAAAAGAACAUUCUGGUGUCACCCCACAUGGGUGAACAGUAUGAGAAGGACAGCUCUCAGAUCGUAUGAUCUCAGAAUCUAAUCAUCUUUUUUAAACUAGCUGAUGAACUCUGAAAAGUGUGGCAUUUAAAUAAAAACAAAAAACUGUCCUGGGUCUAGCAAAAAUGAAUGCUAACUCAAAACUGCAAAAAUAUCUGCUAAAGAGUAACGCAGUAUACUUGGUGCAACAAUCAAAAUCCAGUGCAACAAAAUGGAUGAGGAAAAUCUUGCUGAAAAGUGUGACAUCCUCAGUGGUUUUCUUGCUGUGCUGUUAAUGUUGUUUGGGUAUGCAAAACUAGUUACAGCAACUCCACUCCGUCCUAUCUGUGACAGCAGAGUCAUGGACAAGUUCAUAAAGGAAGCUAAGGAAGCUGAAAAUGCAAUGACAGGCUUUAGAGGCACACUUCAACUACCAGAUGACGUUACACUUCCAGCCACAAAAGUCAACUUUAAAGAAUGGCAUGAAAUGGAUAGGAACUUAAAAGCUGAAGAAAUUUGGAAAGGAUUAACUUUAUUCACAAGCGCACUUCUGAAGGCAAGGGAUGUCACAACAGACAGUGCAACAGUAUAUUCAAUAGAAAAGUCGUAUAGCAAUAUCAGAAGUAUAACACAAAUCUUGAAAAGUCUAGACAUUCAGGAUGCUGCUGCUUCAGAAUCUUCUCUACACUCUUUAUUGACUGUGAGAACACUGAAUGAAUUCUUUCGAGUUUAUGCAAAUUUUGUACGUGGAAAAGUCAAACUAUUCAUCACUGAGGUGUGUAACGGUGUAAAAAGGUGACACCAAGUCCUGCACCACACCAUCUUUGUCACACACCUGCUUCAGACUGCACCCCUGAAAAAGACAAUACUGCAGCUGGAUGUUUUUAAUGAAUUCUGAAAGCAAAAAAGAAAAAAAAUGCAAGCUGAACUGCUGUCUCCAUUUCCACUGGUGUAAUGAAGUUUAUGUACAAUAGACGAUGCCUUAAUACACUACGAUAACUGGCUGCUCUUUUUCCUCACUCCAAAGCACAUCCUGUUACUGAAUGUUUGGGAUGUCAGGCUGAUUUACUACAGCAUUAUGGGAGACGCUGUGUUCAGGUUUACGACAUUCAAGGAUACAAACUAUCUUUGGAUGAUAACUAAUGGAAAAAACUGAGUAAUAAGCUAACAGAUAGUUUAAAUAUUGACUGAAAUUGCAUCACAUUGCGGAGUUUAAUAGACUUCAGAAUCUCAGUGUGACACAGACUACUACAAUUUAUGUUUAAGCACGGUUCAUGCGUGUUAAGUUAUGAUGUGUAAUGUUCUUUAUAUUUAACAUUUUGGAUAGAUAAGCUAAAGAAAGAAAAAAGGGAUUCCGAGAGUAUUUUUAUAUGUUUCACUCACUUUUAUGAGCAAAAUACAUAUGAACUGAACAAUAAUAAAAGUAAGCAUUGGUAUAGUUGUGUUAAA